GUGAAGAGCCUAGCUGCCAGCGAUUGGGCAUUCGCAGCCCUGCGCGACGACGGCAGAGUGGCCACUUGGACAUUUUGUGCCUACGGUUACUGGGCCAAAGAAGAUCUUAGGAACUGGGAGGCGAUUGUGGCCAUGUUCGCGAUCAGCUUGUUGAGGGACACUGUGAUUACCUGGGGAACUCCGGAGAUCGACAUCAGAUAUGAUGACGACAUACGACCGGAGCUCCACAGCAUCAAAGAAGCAGAGCAGGAGUUGGUAGCAGUUUUUCAUGAAGUCAUGGGUCUUCGCAGUGAUGCGGCUUUCGCGGCUUUCCGGACAGAUGGUGUGGUCAUCGCAUGGGGUGUACACGGCCACUUCUUGCUGCGAGGGGUUCGACAGCUGGAGGCCUCCGACGAAGCCUUUGCAGCUCUGUUGCACGACGGGUCGGUGCAGGUUUGGGGGAACAGUGACUCCGGUGGUGACGCGUCAGCAGUUCGACACGAGCUUCAGAAGGUUCUUCAGAUUACUGCUUCCUGGGCCGCUUUCGCCGCGCUCAAAGAAAACGGCACGGUGACCUCCUGGGGAUCGCCUGAAGCUGGUGGAGACCAGGGCGAUGUGGUGGAUCGCUUGGUGAAUGUGGUGGAUAUCACCACCAACAGCACCAACUUCGGGAGCGGCUUCAUGGCCACCUUGCUGACUGGUGAGCAAGUCUCUUGGCCUCCAGAUGGUCUUGCUUCGCAGCGAACGCCACAGGAUUCGUUCAGACAGCCUUAG